AAAAAGAAAAUAAACAAAGAAUAAUUGGAAUUGGGUUAAAAAAUGAAAUUAGAAAAAGAGGGGCUUCCUUAUCUUGUUGGAAAUUGAAAGAGGAGGGGAGGGAGUGAGAAUGAAAAUGGUGGUGGUUGCGCAAGGUGUUUGUGGUAAAGCGUUGCUGUUUGGCAUCGGAGUUGGAGUGAGACCCAGAAGACCCACUAAACAGUUUGUCUUCUUCGUUUCUUCUAAUUCGAAAGACAAAACCACGAGUUUCGGAAGACUAAAAGUUGAGAAAGUGAAUGCUCUCAUCCACAGAACCAAGCAAAACACCACAAAACGCAAACAACUACUACAACCAGAAGAUGAAGAUGAAGACAAUUCUGCAUCUGCAACUGCAACAACACGACGACAACAACAACAACAACAACAACAACACACUCAUUCGAGAGUUGGAUGGGGAGACAAUAGGGUUAGCAGUAAAUCAUUGGCGUUGGCUUCGGAGGACACCAACUUUUUCAGUCUAAAAUCAUUUAAAGGCAUUGGAUGCGCUGAUUUCAUGAUUGAAUCUCUCCAUAACCUCUCUUUAACUCGCCCUUCCAACAUACAGGCCAUGUCAUUUCCUCCUGUUAUUGCCGGUAAGUCUUGUAUCAUUGCUGACCAGAGUGGUUCUGGAAAGACAUUAGCUUAUCUUGUACCAAUCAUUCAACGUCUCAGACAACAAGAACUACAAGGACUUCAUAAAUCAUCUUCACAAUCUCCUACUCUUCUUAUACUCGCACCCACUGCUGAGUUAGCUUCUCAGGUCUUCCAUAAUUGUCGAUCAAUCUCUAAAUCUGGUGUUGUUCCAUUCAAAUCUAUGCUUGUCACUGGUGGCUUCCGACAAAAAACUCAACUCGAUACUUUAAACCAGGGCGUUGAUGUCUUAAUAGCUACACCUGGCCGUUUUCUCUUCCUCAUCAACCAAGGCUUCUUGCACUUAACAAAUCUAACAUGUGCUGUCUUGGAUGAGGUUGAUAUCCUCUUUGGCGAUGAGGACUUCGAAAAGGCUCUUCAAUGCUUGAUUAGUUCUUCACCGGUGGACACACAAUAUUUAUUUGUAACUGCUACUUUACCAAAAAAUGUUUACAGCAAACUGGUUGAAGUUUUUCCUGAUUGUGAAAUGGUCAUGGGACCUAGUAUGCAUCGAAUAAAUUCUCGCCUUGAAGAGAUAAUAGUAGAUUGUAGUGGGGAAGAUGGACAAGAAAAAACUCUCGACACAGCAUUUUUGAACAAGAAAGCUGCUCUUCUGCAGCUUGCGGAGAAGAAUCGCGUCCCAAGAACUAUUGUUUUCUGCAACAAAAUUGAAACAUGCAGAAAAGUUGAAAAUGCAUUAAACCGUUUUGAUAGAAAGGGAAUUCGCAUGCAAGUUCUACCUUUCCAUGCUGCCAUGACACAAGAAUCGCGGCUUGCUAGUAUGAAAGAGUUUACACGUUCUCCACCAAAAGAACUGUCCCAGUUUAUGGUUUGCACGGACAGAGCUUCACGGGGAAUUGACUUCACUAGAGUGGAUCAUGUAAUACUUUUUGACUAUCCACGUGAUCCAAGUGAAUAUGUACGGCGUGUUGGAAGAACAGCCAGAGGUGCCAGGGGACAGGGCAAGGCAUUUAUCUUUGUUGUUGGCAAGCAAGUAUCCCUUGCACGAAAAGUAAUGGAAAGAAAUCGGAAGGGUCAUCCACUGCAUGAUGUACCUUCGGCUUAUGAGUAUUGAGAGCUGACGAAGUAGGAAGUUGGUUUUAAUUGAUUGCUUGGAAAGGGUGCUCUCAACUGGGAUUGACAACACAAUAUUGUAAGUCUAACAUGCAUGGCAAAGGAAGGAAAUCUUUUGGUAGCACCGGCAAUAUUCUAGGUCGAUGAAACGUGCAUUGCUAGGCUCCUCAUAGCAAAAGCAAGGGCUACAUUGAUUGCCAGCAUCUUUAGAUGGUCUUUGGGCAGGAAAUAUUUUAUUCCUAGUCAUAUUACUUAGUAAUUUCUUAGGAAUUGUAUUACCACCGAAAAUGACACUCCUGCAAAAAAUUAUAAAUAUGAUAGACUACUAUUAUUUUCCUAA